GAGAACACUUCGAGACCGGUGCGCUGACUACAAUGAAUAAAUUCUGGAUUGCUUUCUUUGUGAUCGCGGCGGCGAUUGAGAUAAAAGCGCGCGAAUCAAUUAAGCCAGCACCAGAAGUGGGUCAAAUAAUCGGAGAUAUUGAGAAUGUGCAUGUGGAAGAGGUAAUUCAGCGAGGUGCUCCUUGCACAUUGAACAUUGAUAAGGAUUUGCCCCGCUCUAAUCUACAGCCGCUUUACCUGCAGCCCGACACUGACGCCUAUUGGCUGCCCAAAGCAAAUGGUCACCUGGAGAUACCACGUGGCGCAAGCAUCGAGCUCUAUUGCAUUGGUCACUUUGCGAAUGUCAGCAGCGAUGUGCAUGUUCGGACCAGUUCCAUAAGAGCACGCUGCCUGGAAGAUAAAACCUUUGACUGGGCGGGCGGCAAGCGAGAGCUGCGCGAUUUCAUUUGCGCCCAUCCACCAUUCUACACUGUGGAGCGUAUGGAGCAACAGCGAUGCGGAGAUGGCGAUGUUGCCUCAGUGGCGCGCAUCUAUCGUGUGGGCUACAACAUUAGCGCUGGGAGAUUUGUGCGCACCCUGGAGCUGUGCCACGAUGCGAAGCAGCUGCGUACACACUACGCUUUGCAUCAGUUGCAGCCGGCAAACGAACACUUUCAGCACAAAGUGAAUCGUGUUAAGUUCAGCGCCGCCGGCCAUUUUCCUGGCUACGACAUGGCCUAUCUUUACUCCCCUGCAAAUCAACAGAAGCGAGUAGCACAAUUGUGCCACGACGAAUGCAUACUCAAUACGACAGCGGGCCUCUUUCUGACACGCGGACACCUGGUGGCCAAGGCGGAUCUGAUUUAUGCCAGCCAGCAGCGCAGCAGCUUCAACUAUCUGAAUGUGGCUCCGCAGUGGCAGAGCUUCAAUGGUGGCCAUUGGACCAUUGUAGAGGAGGUAACGCGACGCUUUGUCGCACACUUCGGUCUCUCGGUGAGCGUCUAUACGGGCGUUCAUGGCGUGAUGCCGCUACCAAAUGCCGAACAAACCAGCUUUCAUCUUGCCACGGAUGCCAGCAGUGCUAACAAUGGAGUGCUAGCCGUUCCACGUCUCUACUACCGCGUACUCAUCGACAAUGACAAACCAUUGCGCGGCUUGGCUUUCGUCGGUGUCAACAAUCCGUACGCCUCGCUAGAAGAGAUCCGGAAGGCAUAUGUGAUUUGUGACCCUGUGGAGCUACAAUUUGGACGCUCCAUGCGUUGGCUGCAGCAUAAGGAUCUCAAAAAGGGUUAUGUGUAUGCAUGCAGAGUGUCUGACUUGGCCUUAGCCGUGCGCCAUCUGCCACCUGAGUUGCAAAAAGUACACGAGCUUCUAGGCGAGUUAUAAAUUUAUUUUGAAUAUAGUUAUUGGUUUAAGUACGGUCAUUUUAAAAAGAUUUAAAAAAUACUCAAUUUAAAACAUAAAAAUUAAAAUCUAACACCAAAAUGUAAAGGUGACAGUUAGAAAGUAAACCAUUUAAAAAACAGAGAAAAAAUAAUCC